AUGGAUGUUAAUAUUGCCUUCCUACAUGGGAUUCUUCAAGAAGAAUUAUUUCUAAAUCAACCUAUAGGGUUUGAAAGUGAAGAAUUUCCGAAUCAUGUAUAUUGUCUUGAUAAAGCUGUACAUGGUUUGAAACGGGCACCUAGAGCGUGGUAUGACACAUUAGCCAAUUAUCUUCUUAAGUUUGGUUUUUCUAAUAGCAAGCCAGCAAAGACUCUAAUGUCCUCAUCAGUGUCUAUUGCCACUAAUGCAACUGGUGUUGAUGUGAAUGCAAACCUGUAUCGAGGAAUUAUGGGUUCACUACUUUAUCUUAUUUCCAGUCAUCUUGACAUUCUAUUUGCUACCAUAUUAUGUGCACAUUAUCAAUCCAGUUCUAAGGAAUCUCAUUUUCUCGUAGUAAAGUGGAUCUUUCGUUACAUAAAGCAUACACUCAAUCUUGGGUUAUGGUAUCCUCACGAUUCUGAGUUAAAGCUGGUGGGAUACACUCACUCUGAUAAUGGUGGAUGUGGCAUUGAUUGUAAAAGUACUUCAGGUGGUGCUCCAAUGCUUGGAGAUAGAUUGGUGAGUUGGUCCAGCAAAAAGCAGACAUCAAUGGCUUGCUCUAUUGCUGAAGUUGAAUAUGUAGCCAUUGGAAGGUGUUGUUCUUAUAUUCUUUGGGUUCAAAAUUAG